CAUAAAGUGGGGCACUUGUUUAUUCGUGGCGCCACCAGCAAAACAACACAACACAAUCCCCACAAAAUCAGCAGCAGCAUAAGAGAGCUGUCCGUACUCCAAAGAGACCGUCCAUCCCUCAGCUUCAUCAGAAAGAAAAAGAAAAGAAAUGAAGAUGGGAGCAGGAACAUAGUGCUCCACUACACAGGUGGCGAGGAAUUGGAGCUGAAUGCUCCGUGUCUCUGAGCAAGACACGACACGGGAUCAAGUUCCAAACAACAAACGCCCCAUUUUCUUCUUCCCCUCCUUUUCGGAAGCACAAGAGCUGAGCUCCAAAUUAAGACAGAGACAACAAAGCUUCGUCCUGCGGACUGCGGUCAGUGUGGCCCGAGCUAAAGUACACGAGCCCCUCGACAUUCUUUCUUCUUCUUGCACCUCCCCUGUUUCCAAGUACACGAGCCAUAUGCGCGCGCGCGCGCCCAUGUCCACCUCCCACUCUUCUCUCCCCUUCCUCCUCCUCUUCUUGCACCCCCUCCUCCUGCUUCCACCAUGCUGCACCUGCUGCUCCAGGCACCUUCUUCUCCACGGCGACGCCAACGCCCCCUCCUCGCUCGCGGACACGCUCCAGGCACGCGACGGCAACGUCACCGACGGCCUCAGGCGCUACCUGGCGCGCUUCGGCUACGCGUCCACGCCCGCCGACGCCGACGGGCGGCUCGUGGUGAGCCUCUACCAAUCCACCCUCGGCCUCCCCGUCACGGGCCGCCUCGACGCCCGCACGCUCGACCUCCUCGCCACCCCGCGCUGCGGCGUCCCGGACCUCCAGGCGAACACCACCGCCCGCUUCGCCUUCUUCGCCGGCCAGCCGCGCUGGGCGCGCGCGCCGGGCCACUUCCUGCUCACCUACGCCGUGCUCUCCGACCCUCCCUACCAGCCCCUCCCUGAACAUCUCCCGCGCGGGGCCGUGCGCGCCGCCUUCCGCCGCGCGUUCGCGCGCUGGGCGCGCGUCAUCCCGGUGCGGUUCCGCGAGACGCGCGACUACAACACGGCGGACGUGCGCGUGGGCUUCCUCGCGGGCGACCACGGCGACGGCGAGCCCUUCGACGGCCCGCUCGGCGUGCUCGGCCACGCCUUCUCCCCGCCCAGCGGCCAGCUCCACCUCGAUGCCGCCGAGCGGUGGGCCGUCCUCGGCCACGGCGGCGACGACCCCGGCUCCGGCGCCGUGGACCUGGAGUCGGUGGCCACGCACGAGAUCGGCCACGUGCUGGGGCUGGCGCACUCGUCCGUGCCGGACGCCGUCAUGUACCCGAGCCUGAAGCCGCGCACCCGCAAGGCGGACCUCACCCUGGACGACGUCCGCGGCGUGCAGGCGCUCUACGGCUCCAACCCGCGCUUCAGCCUCAGCUCCCUCUCUGAGCCCGACACGUCCUCAGCCGCCCCGGCGGUGGCCACCACAAUCAGGUCGCCCGGGAAGACGGCGACGCAUGCGGCCCUCCUGCUCUUGCUCGUCACCGUCACUCCUCUGCUCCUCCUCUGCUAGCUUGACUGAUUAAGCUCUACUAUAAGUAGACAGAUAUAUACACUGUACACAUGACACGUCUUAAGAGAAACUGAUCAAAAUUUUAAUUAGUUGGACCUAAGAGAAACAGAUCAAUGUUUUAUCAGGUACUAGGUCGAGUUUCUCGUGAAUUAAUUAUCUUUCUUUGAAUGCAAGUAACAAACAAUUUAUUA